UUUUCUUUUUUCAGUCUUUGUUCUCAUUUCGUGCGGUGUAGUCGUACGGACUUGCAGUUCAUUCUCAGUUUUUUCUUCUAAACGACUUUAUUCCUAAAUCCUAACAUACAAAAUAUAUAAUAGUAUUGCAUUCUGAUUUACACACUCGCCUGCAAAAAUAUAAUUUGUCCAUUACACAGUAUUAUUAUAAUGCCAUUUAUAUCGAAGGAUUGGCGAUCUCCAGGGGAAGUAUGGGUGAAAACAGAAGAAGGAUGGGAAAAAAAGAAAAUCCUGGAAUGCUGCAAUUUUUUACUAGGACAACAAGAUAAUUUAUUGACCAGAUAUUCUGUUUCUGACCAUACUGACGUAGAGAAGACUGAUGAUAUUGAUAACUGGAAUGAAGAUGAAAAUUCCGAGGAAAAAGAAAACAAAGGCUCUACUAACCAUUUUAAACGUCCCAGAACUAAAUAUUCUAGUGAAAGUCAGUAUGAUGGUGUUAUCCAGCCUCAUUGUCACAUUACAAUAAAAUGUACAAAAGAGAUUGCAGGGUUUAAUGGUUUAAGUGAGGCACUCAAACGAUUAGACUUUCGUUCUGCUGUACACGAUGUUCGUCGUUUUCACUAUAUUUGUAAACUUCUUGAUCUCCUAGUAUCUCAUAGACUAAAUGCAUUGUCUGGUUGUGCUCAAAGGGUCCUCUUUAAUAUAAUUGAAGAAGUUGCUCACCAAGUGUCUCAAAGUCAACAAAACAAACAUAUGUUGGACCGUCUUUUAGGACAACUUCGUGAAGUUGUUGAAUGUGCUUGUUGGGGCAGACCACUGGGAUCAACUAUUUUAUGGGAACAACACUUGACUACUAUUAAUCGUAUUCAUGAAAUAGCUGAUCAAAUAGAAAUUCGUCAACCUGGUGAUAAUGAAGGACCACAAUUUGAACAACUUCCAGAGGAGUGUGUUCGUGAGGUUUUGUUACGAUUAGCUGAUCAUCGGGAUCUGGAGCGUUCAGCACAUGCAUGGGGAGUAAUGGCACGUUUAGUGGAUGAAUUACGUAUUUGGCGUGAGUUAUGUCAAUUUCACUUUAGUCCACGUCAAAUACAGUCUGUGAUUGAUAUCUCACCGAGUACCAGUGAAGACUGGCAGCUUAUAUAUCACAAGUUAAGAAAAUGUUAUGGAUUACGAGAAGAAUAUGCUGAAAUGAUACAGCUAUGCCGAAAUUGUCGAUGUUUGUUCUGGAAUAGUAUUGGACAUCCAUGUAUUGCAGACACUGAUCCUCAUUUUAUGGAAAAACUUGAAGAUGUUGAUAAGAAUUCAUUGUAUGUACCUAUACCACCACAAGCUUUUCUUAAAUUUUUUUCACUAUAAGAUCUUAAAUAAAAAUGAAGUGGUAUUCAGUCUGUUAAUACUAUGUAACUAGAAGUAUAAUUAUAAUUUUUCAUUUGCACAAUUUUAUCUCUAGAAAUUUCACACUUAUAGAAUAGGUAUGUUAUAUUUUAUUAAAAAAUGUAAAAAUUAAAUGAAAAUGUGAAAUUUAAUACAUGAUUAUAAUAAAAGCUGAAACUCAAAUCAAAAUUUAUUUAUGUAUUCAAAUUUAAAAGUUAUUAAAUAAAAAUAAAAAUUAUUUUUCUAGAAAAUAAAUGCACAUGAUAGGUAACUUAGCGUAAUUUAAUAUACUUUUGAAAUGUAUAUAUUUUUGACAAUCUUAAAGCACACAGAGUUGAUUAUUAAACAUUUAAAUAUUUAACAUAAGGUAGGUAGGUACCUAAUUACAUAUUAAAUUUUCAGUAAUAAAAUGUCAAAGUGAAAUUUAAUUUUUCCUAUACUUCCUUUUAUUUUUUUCUGUGAAAAAACAACUGAUAUUUUCUAGUCAUAUUUGUUUAAUAUAUUAUUAUUAUGGCUCCAUCCAUUUAAACUAGUUAGGUCUUGAAGUCAAAUACCAAAUAACAUACUUAAAAGUUGAAUUACAUAUUAUUUACUAUAAACAUAUUUGGUACAAAUGUACAAUCAUUACUUACUUAUGUUGAUGCACUAAAUAUUAGUAUUCAAAAUUUUUAUGUAUUGAUUCAUUAAACCUAAAGUAAUAUGUAUAAUAUUAAUUAAUAUUCAUUUAAUUUCUGACAUUUUUACAUUAA